CUGACUUACUGUAUUCUAAAGGCAUAUGCCUUUGUUGAUGUAUAGUCUAGUUUAUGCAGACUGUUUUUUUUUUUUUGACUAGUAUAGCCCUUUCGGUGUUAUCUUAAUUUACAAUACCUGGUUAUUUUCUUUUGUGAUGGUGUAUAUGUUUAAUUUGUGUGGAUUCGCCACACAGAACCGCACGUGCUCCGCAUGGUGUCACUGUAGACCGCUAAACUUUAAUAAUUUCCAUAUACCAUCUGAACUCCGCCUACGAUUUUGCUGAGUGACGUGCUAUAACCGGGCGUCACAGUCCAGAUGCUUUUCGUGGCGUGUUUUCUUGAGCCUCAUUCUUAAUUCUGUGUCUGCAGAGUUUUGAUGUUCUUCUGAUGACCGUUGUAUUGUUUUGAUCACGUUGCCAUCUCAUGCGGAAGGAUGGCCGACAGGAAGAACUUGACGUUCUCACAUAUUACUUUCCUCUGGCUCGUAAUUUGUGUUUCAGUUCCAGUGGAUGGACAGAUUGUCUACACCAUGUCAGAGGAAGUAAAUAUCGGAACUGUCGUCGGAAAUGUGGUGAAGGACAUGAAUUUAAACGUCCAGGAUUUGGAAUCACGGGCAUUUCAGCUUGUAUUCGGCACGAGGACGAGGUAUUUUGAUGUGAAUUUGAAAUCUGGCGUCUUGUAUGUUGCAGAAAGAAUUGACCGCGAGCAGCUAUGUCCUAUUACUCCAUCCUGUUCCUUGAAUUUUGAGGCGAUAGUAAACCACCCUCUCAGUCUGAGUCGAGUGAUAGUUAAUGUUAAUGAUGUGAAUGACAAUUCUCCUAUGUUCCCUGUUGAAACUCAGGUUUUGAAUAUCUCUGAAUCAGUGCAGCCAGGAGCUACAUUUUCCUUGAUCAGUGCAGUGGAUGAAGAUGUAGGACCUUUCUCUGUUAAAAGCUAUAAAGUGAGUCCUAAUGAACAUUUCUCAAUAGAAGUAAACCAGGAUGGUGAACAUGGCAUGUCUGCAGAGCUAAUCCUUCGAAAAGCUUUAGAUAGAGAGAAAGAACCUGUAAUACGACUAAUGUUGACUGCUUCUGAUGGAGGGAAAACAUCCAGAUCUGGGACAUUACAAAUUAUAGUUAACAUUUUAGAUACAAACGAUAAUGCUCCAGUGUUUAGAAAUCCUCUUUAUAAAGUCCGUGUGACAGAGAACACACCGCACGGGACUAAGAUAAUCAAGCUCAAUGCUACCGACAUGGAUGAAGGUUCAAAUGGAGAAAUAACAUAUCUGUUUAGUAGUCAUGGUCAGGAAAAAAAUCUUGAUGUGUUUUCUAUCAGUACUGAUUCUGGGGAGAUUGAAGUUAAAGGAAAUAUUGAUUUUGAGGUCAAAGCUUUUUAUGAACUUAGAGUGGAGGCCCAUGAUAAAGCUUCUCCUCCCAUGACAACUAAUUGUAAAGUACUAAUUGAAGUCAUAGAUGUUAAUGAUAAUGCACCAGAAAUAGUAAUAACAUCAUUGCUGUCUUCUUUAAGGGAAGAUGCAAAAACUGGCACUGCUGUGGCUCUGGUCACAGUUUCGGAUAAGGAUGGUGCAAUGAAUGGAAAAGUGAGUUGUAAGCUGCUAGGAAAUAUACCUUUCAAACUCGAGUCUUCCUACAAUAAUUAUUACUCUGUUGUUUUGGAAGGCCAGCUUGACAGGGAAAACAUGUCCAAGUAUAAUGUAACCCUCGUAGCAGUAGAUGAAGGAACCCCACCACUUUCCAGCACCAGUGUAGUUUAUGUUGACGUUUCAGAUGUGAAUGACAAUCCUCCACAAUUUAACGAAAAAAUAAUUUCUGUCUAUGUAAAAGAAAACACUCCCCUAGGAACCCUCAUUCACACGGUGUCAGCAAUUGACAGAGAUUCAAAUGAAAACGCUGAAAUUUCUUAUUCCAUUUUGGAUAACAAAACAACAAGCAUAAAUGCUGUUAGUGUUAACUCAUUGACAGGCCAGUUGUAUAACCUACAGUCUUUCAAUUUUGAAGAACAGAAAACCCUUAGUUUCCAUGUUCGGGCAACAGACUCCGGUGUUCCUCCUCUGAGAAGUAAUGCGACUGUAAAUGUGUUUAUUAUAGAUGAGAAUGACAACAGUCCGGUUAUUUUACUGCCUUAUUCUGAACCUGGAUCAGUUAAUAGUGAGAACAUUCCCUACUCUGCUGAAGCGGGAUACUUUGUAGCCAAGAUCAGAGCUGUUGAUGCUGACUCUGGAUAUAACGCACUUCUGUCUUAUCAUCUAACUGAACCCAAAGGAACGAAUCUCUUCCGCAUUGGAAGCAGCACUGGAGAAAUAAGGACUAAGAGACGAAUGAGUGACAAUGACUUAAAAACUCACCCACUUCUUAUCACAGUGUCUGAUAAUGGAGAGCCAUCACUCUCAGCGACUAUGUCCAUGGAUGUGGUGGUUGUUGAGAGUCUGGAUGACAUAAAAACAUCAUUUCGAGAGGUUCCUGUUAAAGAGGAGAGUUUUUCAGAUCUGAAUCUGUAUCUGCUCAUCGCUAUUGUCUCAGUCUCAGUCAUCUUUUUACUGAGUCUCUUGGGUUUGAUAGCAGCUAAAUGCUACAGGACAGACGUCAGUUUCAGCAGGUACAGCGCUCCAGUGAUCAGCACACAUCCAGACGGCAGCUGGUCCUUCUCUAAAUCGACGCAACAAUAUGACAUUUGUUUUAGCUCAGACACAAUGAAGAGUGACAUGGUGGUUUUUCCUUCGCCAUUUGCGACUGCAGAGGCUGAACUGAUCAGCAUUCAUGGAGAAGAUACUUUUUCACGAACCCAAACUCUUCCUACCACUGGGAAGCCCAAAGGACCAAAUGCUGACUGGCGUUACUCUGCGUCGUUGAGGGCAGGAGUCCAAAGUUCUGUGCAUAUGGAGGAGGCAUCAGCUGUGAUGCAGGGAGCGCAAGGCAUGCUGGUCCAGAACUGGCCCACAGUCUCCAGUGCAGCAGAUGGGGAGGGAGAGGGACAGCUGUCCCCUCCUGUUGGAGCUGGAAUCAACAGUAACAGCUGGAGCUUCCGCUACGGUGCAGGCCCCGGCUAUGGUCCUCCACAAGCCCUGAAGCCAGGAGAGAUCCCCCCUGAAGCCUUCAUCAUUCCUGGCUCCCCUGCCAUCAUCUCCAUCAGGCAGGACCCAGGUGCCGUUGAUGAUAAGGGCGAGUUCAUCACCUUCGGAAAGAAAGAGGAGUCUAAGAAGAAGAAAAAGAAGAAGAAGGAAAAGAAGGACAAGAAGGAUAAAGGAAAAGAUGAUGGCGAGGAGUAACAAAGAACAUCCCACUACGAUAUUACAGCUAUCAAUUUAUGUUUGUAGCAAACGCUGACAGAAAGAGAAAACCAAAAAUACUGAAAAUGUAAAGAGAGGAGAAAUUCCUUCUAUAUACCUUAUUUACCAAUUACAGUUUAAGAAAGAAUAGAGUUUGUGCUGUACACACAAACAUAAAAAUCGCAAAUUAACCCUGUGGACCUGUGACUCUGAUUGGCUAUUUUUCUAGUUCUGGUGCAGAAAUUAAUCAGUGAUGUCCAAGAAAGAACUCCAGUCUGCAAAAUUCAAAUCAGGCCUUGCACCUUGUAAAUGACAUUUUCAACCACGAUGAGGAAAGUCCCUCUCCUCUUUUAAAAGGAUCAAAUUAAUCCAGUUAAACUGGAUAUGAACUCAUGCCAUACCUAGAGCUUUUUCUAACUUUAUCCCUGCCUUCCUCCCUCAACGUCAGACGGGGAGGAAACAACUACCCCUGGCCCCAUCUCACUCCUUGAUCUGCUGGAAUCAAAACUUUGUAAAAGAAAAAAAAAGACACUACAACUUUAUCAGAAAGACCAGUGUCUGAUUUCUAUAGCAGAUCAAAAAUAAAUGCCUACAGAGAUGGGAAUGUAGCAGCGAAAUCACUUGCUUUACACUCACAAAACCGCCCUUGAACAGGGCACAGAGAUCGCUAACGCUUCUGACCUGCUCCCAAAGUAAUGCUGAAAUCUCCGAAUGAUGCUUUACUCAGUAUAUUUUCUAAGAGCAAGUAAAUCUCAUCUUAUACAGUCCAAAAUCAUGCACGCCCAUGAUUUGUAUGAAUACAAAUCACAAAUUGAUGUGCGUUCUUGCUCCCUAGUGCAUAAUACACUAUGAACAGGCUGUCAACAUGCUGUACACUUAAAAUCACCACAGGACUGAAGCACAACAGCCUCUCAAAAGUCUGUAAAAUAGUAGAAUGGAUGCGUGUGGCUUCAUUUCACAAAACACCCACUUCCUUUGCUGCUGUUUUGAAUGUUUGAUAGAUGUCAUCCCACUUGCUGCCAGCUUUAUGUCUUAGUCCAGCUACUUGCCCUUAGCUACUGCUUGUAACUUUCGCAUAUCUGAUGUUGCCAACUUCCCUUUAUUUGGUGUGCAUUGCUGGCCCCAUGUCAGUACUGCCCCCUGGUGGCUCGUAUUGUACAAUGUGACAAGAAAGAGCAGAAAAUUCAAGCCAAUAUUAUUGUCACUUCUUCUGCUGGAAACAUAAGCACAGGUACUGGCCCCUACAUGCACACACAGUGUUUAUGCCACACACACACACCAGUGUUUAUGCUCUCACAGCAGUUGAACCACCAUGGACUAUGCAGCCAUGCUUUUGGACAUGUUUAACUACAGGGUAUGGUGCUUUCUAGGGCAAAAAUAGAGGUUGAGUGGAGAUUAGAGUGAGAAGACCACAGUUGUGGGCAGUACAGAGUUUUUCUACUGUAUAUAAUCAAUGAUGAGAUAUAGCUUCAUGACAGUUCCAUAGAUGUUGAUUAAAAUUUUGUAAAUAAUGGGAAUGUUUUCUUAACAUUCAGACAUCAUGUUUAAAUUUUCUGUUUUUAAGCGGGAGCACAUCUCUCAUUUCUUUCCCUUCUAAGUCUGUAGAGAUACUGUUCAGUAAAGGAGAGAUGUUUGUGCUGCUGUGAGACCAUAUCAUCACAAAACACACACACACACACACAGACACUCUCUCUCACUUGAGUCUUUUUCAGGUGUGGUUCAGUGCUGUCAGAUCACCAAGUGACUGUUUUGCAUGUUAGACGCAAUUAAAACAGAAAUUAUAUAUAGAUAUAAAUGAACAGAUAUGUUUUUCAUAAUUAUUUUUUUUCUCAUUUCUGAUGGAACUGGAGAUGUGUAUUGUCUCUGCUGAAGUAUGUAGACAUUAAUCAAAUUAUUCAUACACAAACAUACACUGAUUACAUACACACAUCGAGCGUAAAAAAAAAAGACACCGCAACCAUGUCGGCUCUGUGGUGAUCAAUGUUAACAUUCUAGGUAUAUGUAAUGCUGUAGUGUUAUGGUCUAAAUUGCUUUUCUUUACAACCUUAUGAUUUUUGCAACGUGAAAGGAUAAAUCCUUCGUUUUGUGCUAGGCUUUGAAAUCAAUAACACUGUAAUGUGAGCCAGUUCAUACUUCCCUAUAAUAAAAACUUCUUCCUUCAAAAGAAGAAAAAAAAAAAGAAAAAGAAAAAAAUCAAAAAUGAUAAAACAGGAAAUAAAAAGGUAUAUGUAUUCUGCUUGUGUGUAGUAAUUAUAUAUUAAUUCAUCCAGUGCCUAAGUGGCACUAUGCUUUUGACUUUGACAGUGCAAAUCUGUUGGACAAUUUUUUUGUACACCUGCUCAUCAGUGUAAUGGUGUUUAUUAUUUUAUAUUACUUUAUGAAAUCUGGUAAUGUGUUUUGUUUAUAAAUCACAAAUAAAGUUUUCUUUCAUAAGUA